UAAAGUCUAAACCAUUUACUACUAGAUAUUUUUAAACCACACCAACCAACUUUUUAACUAACUCAAUUCAACUCACACUCCCUCCUCCACCAUUAUUAUUUCCGACAUUCUCAUUCCCUCUUCCAUCUCAAUGUUCCAUCCUAAAAACCAAACUAAACCAACCAAAACCCCAAACCUAACUUCCCAAUUCACCCCCCAUAAAUUCUACUCACACCUCAUCCAUCUCCCAUCACACAAACCCUCAAAAUCAAAAUCAAAAUCAAAAUCAAAAUUCAACCUCACAACAACAACAACAUGUUCCUCCUCAACACCUCCCCCAAUCAAAACCCUAAUCUCAAUCCUCCGUACAAUCCCCGAUUGGGCAGACACGGUCCAAGAACGAGGAAUGCAGAAGAAUCGAACUCUCUACAACCACACAAAUUGGGUCCAUCACCGUUCCUCACUCCGUCACGUGCGUCACUUUUUCUCUAGCUUCUCCUCACGUGUCAUUCUCUCUCUUGUUCCUCCCGUUCUCUUUUUCACUUCCUUCGCCGCCGUUAUCGCCGCUUAUAACUCCGCCGUGCUUCUUCAUUUCUUCCCGGAGUUUUUUCCUCUUCUUAAGGCUUCUUCGCUUCCUUAUCAGCUAACUGCACCUGCGCUUGCGCUGCUGCUGGUUUUUAGGACGGAGGCUUCUUAUGCUAGAUUUGUUGAAGGGAAGAAAGCUUGGACUAUGGUUGUUGCUGCUGCUCAUGAUUUUGCUAGAUUGGUUAUGGCUGUUGUUGAUACUCGUACUUCUAUUGAUUUUAAAGUCAAGGACGCGCUUUUGAAAUAUAUUAUUGCUUUUCCUAUUGUGUUGAAGUGUCAUGCGUUGUCUGGUUCAGACGUUGAGAGAGAUCUUCAACAUUUGCUAGAAGUAGAAGACAUAGCAUUGAUCAUGAAUUCGAAACAUCGACCUCGUUGCAUUAUUCAGUUUAUAUCGCAGAGCAUUCGGCUACUAAAAUUGGAUGAUUCUAGAAGAAGUGUCUUGGAUUCAAAGAUCACAUGUUUCCACGAAGGAAUUGGCAUAUGUGAACAGCUUAUGGGUAUUCCGAUUCCGUUAUCAUAUACUCGCUUGACUUCAAGGUUUCUUGUCCUAUGGCACCUAACACUCCCUAUCAUACUUUGGGAUGAUUGUCAUUGGAUUGUGGUUCCAGCUACCUUUAUCAGUGCCGCCUCUCUGUUCUGCAUUGAAGAAGUUGGAGUGCUCAUAGAGGAUCCAUUUCCAAUGCUUGCACUUAAUGAUCUCUGCCGAAAGGCGCAGACAGACAUCGAAGAAGCAAUUGCAACUGAAAACGUGAUUCACGCGCACCUUGUUGCAAAGCAAGACUACCACUCUAAAGAGCCUUCACCAAAUGGCAGGCCCAACUCCUAAAUGGAAGCGAAUUUUGCUAUGAAUAUCUUCUUCAGCUUUUACUUAUGAGGUGGCUAUGCAUGUGGUACCUGUUUAGUCACAUUAAUUGUGGUUAGGAAUUAUAUCAUGCAAUUAAUCACGAUAUUUGUGCUACACUUGCGCUCGACAAUUUCUCUAGGAAAUUGCCUAACAUCCGUCGAUAUCACUUUUAGGCGUAAAUUCUGCUAAUAUAGCUCUGUAUAUAUCAUAAAUUCAUAAUCAUGUAAAUAUAAACUCAUCAAUUGAGAUCUUCAUUUUGAUGGUUUAUCAAUGUAAAUUUAGUUAAGAGUGUAGGUUUUAAUAGGCUUUGGCUUUUUUGAACUGCUGUCUCAAAUUUUGUUUUACUAUAAUUGUUUGUUCUGUAAAAUAGCUCUCAAUUUGGAAAGGCUGCUUAUAUUGUACAAGAAUUUGCACUUUCAA